AAAUGUAUACACAUAUAGUGAUUCUACAUGUAGAAUCUGUAAAAUCGUAGCUAAAAUUAUAAAUAUGUGCUUCAAUGUGCUUCUAAUGCUUUGAAAGCAUUACAUUAAAUAUAAAAACCAUCACACUGUUAUAAUAAAAAUUACUAUUUAUUUGAAAGUAUACAUAAACUGCUCUGGAAAACAAUAAAAGAUUUUUAAUUUUUUAAAAUUUAAAAUUUAAUUUUUUUUUAAUCACAAACCAUCAAACCAAGCUGAACUGUUUGAAUCACCAGGAGUGGCAUAAAGUUAUCCAAAAGCAGUGUGUAAACUAUGAUUAAAAACCAGGGUUAUUCCACCAAAUAUUGAUUUCUGAACUUUAUGAACAUGAACUUGUUUUCAGGUCUGACAUGUCUAAAAGCUUUCUUAUCUUCUGCACAUAAAUGCUCUAAAAUACAAUAUUUUUUAUUUGGGAAUCGUUAGAAAUGUUGUCUGUAGUUUAUAAAAUAAAACAACAAUGUUCAUUUUAAUCAAACAUAUACCUAUAAAUAGCAACUCUACAUGUAGAACAAUCUCUUAAAGUAUAGCAGCACAAAUUUAAAAUAUGUAUAAAUAUGUGCUUCUAAUGCUCUGAAAGCAGUAAAUUCAAAAUAAUAACCAGCACACUGUUUUAAUAGUGCUUUAUAUCGUUUUAUACAGUUUGGGCUUGGCUCCGGCACUGCGAGAGUUAACGGGGCGCAAGACUCUCCGGAGAGACGGGGGCGUGGCUUUGCGGAACCUUCUGGGCGGAGUCGCUCGCAUGAUUGGCUGCGCUGCUUGUGGCGUCAUUACGCAGGCGGAGCUCCGCCGCCGUGACGCAGGGACGGAGGGGCGUGUCGGGAGGCUGGGGAAAUCAGCUGUGGAAACAAUAACAGUUAGCUAAACGAGACCCCCCGUUUUACACACGCUUUACCAAACCAGUCAGUAAACACAGGCUGAGCCGCGGCAUGUGUGAGCCGAGGUGAGGCUGGAGGAGCAGAGUGUGGAGGUAGAGGAGAGACAGCUGAAGGUGCAGAGGGAGCAGUUUCUGUGCAGAAGCAGAAGAAACUUCUGGUCUGCUGCUCUUCUGGGGGCUCAGAGCUGAGAUGCCUCCGUCUUUAUUAUCGUGAGAUAGAGGGGCGAGAUAGAGAGAGCUGAGCUAGUCUUGGGGGAUCUAAGCAGCAGUAGUGUGAGCUUUCCGCCCCUCUCCUCCUCCGUGUUUGUGUUCACCCCGGGUUUUUACAGAAGCAGGGAGCGGACGACCAGCGGACUGGCAUGUGGGUCAACUCUGGAACCGUCGGAAGGGCCCUCUCCAUGGAUAUAGACACAGACUAUGAAAGGCCUAAUGUGGAGACCAUAAAAUGUGUGGUGGUUGGUGAUAACGCGGUGGGUAAGACCCGCCUCAUCUGCGCCCGUGCCUGCAACGCCACUCUCACCCAGUACCAGCUGCUCGCCACCCACGUGCCAACCGUUUGGGCCAUCGACCAGUACCGUGUGUGCCAGGAGGUGUUGGAAAGAUCAAGGGAUGUAGUGGAUGAAGUCAGCGUGUCCCUCAGACUGUGGGACACGUUCGGAGAUCAUCACAAAGACAGACGCUUCGCUUAUGGCAGGUCUGACGUGGUGGUGCUAUGUUUCUCCCUGGCCAACCCGAACUCCCUGCGCCACGUCCGCACCAUGUGGUACCCCGAGAUUAAGCAUUUCUGCCCCCGCACCCCCAUCAUCCUGGUGGGCUGCCAGCUGGACCUGCGCUAUGCUGACUUGGAUGCUGUCAACCGGGCCCGCCGGCCCCUGGCCAAACCCAUAAAACCCACAGACAUCCUUCCACCAGAGCGGGGUCACGAGGUGGCUAAAGAACUGGGUGUGCCCUAUUACGAGACGAGCAUCGUGGCUCAGUUCGGCGUCAAGGACGUCUUCGACAACGCCAUCCGAGCUGCUCUCAUUUCUCGCCGCCACCUUCAGUUUUGGAAGUCCCAUCUCAAAAAGGUCCAGCGCCCUCUCCUCCAGGCACCCUUCCUGCCCCCCAGGCCACCACGGCCUGUGGUGGGCAUCCCCGACCCACCUCCUAUGGACGGAGAAGGCCCUGACUCCCUCUUCUGCCAGCCCUUAUGUGCAGAUGUGCUGUUUCUUCUGCAAGGGGGUGCCACUCGCGUAUUUGCCCAUAAGGUCUACUUAGCCACUUCCUGCUCCAAGUUCUACGACCUGUUCACCAUGGACCUUGGAGGCACGGAGGAGGACAAGGAAGGAGAGGACACCCUGGAGGGGAGCGAGGAGGAGGAGCAAAGCCGAAGAGGAGCCAAAGAGCAAGCAGGACGCACUAAGAGCCUGGACAUUGAUAAAGAUGGUGAGGGGAUAACCAGGGGGCCUAAGAGGCCUCUCCUGCUGGAGCAGGGUUCACUGAGGACUUCCCAAAGCGAUAAUGCCCUGCCGGCCAGGAGUCAGUGCCCCACGGGAAUCCUGGGAACUGGCCGUGCCCUUCUGGGAUGGGGCAGGGGGUUCAUUGGUGUAUGUCUGGAGAGGGUGGAUGAUCCAGUAACUGGUCGUCCAAGACUCAUGACUGUGGUAUCCAUGGAUGAGCUCAUUCAAGAGGCACCAUUUCGGGCCGUGCUGCAGUACCUGUACACGGGGCAUCUGGACGAGGGCCGGAGCGACCUGAUGCAGGUCGCCACCAUCGCUGAGCUUCUGGAGGUGUUUGAUCUGCGCAUGAUGGUGGCCAACGUGCUGAACCGUGAGAGCUUCAUGAACCAGGAAAUCACCAAAGCCUUCCAUGUGCGCCGCGCCAACCGCAUCAAAGAGUGCCUGUGCAAGGGCACCUUCGCUGAUGUGGUGUUCCAACUGGACGAUGGCUACCUGCCUGCCCACAAGCCUCUGCUCAUCUCCAGCUGUGAUUGGAUGGCGGCCAUGUUCCGUGGGUCUUUUAUGGAGAGCUACAUUGAAGAAGUCUCCAUACCCAACACCAGUACUGCAUGUAUGAGGGCUGUGUUGGAAUACCUGUAUUGUGGCUUGCUGACACCCUGUCCUGAGCUGGAGCCUAUGGAUCUUAUAAUAUUAGCCAACCGUCUGUGCUUGCCCCGUCUUGUGGCUCUCACAGAGCAACAUGCUGUUGAAGAACUGUUGCAGUGGGCAGUUAAAGGAGCAGACAUUGAUGGACAGGUGCUUGCGUACCUAGAGAUGGCCCAGUUCCACAAUGCCAAACAGCUCUCAGCCUGGUGUCUGCACCACAUCUGCACCAACUUCAACAGCGUAUGUCGCAAGUUCCCCAAAGACAUGAGGGCCAUGUCUCCAGAGAACCAGAAGCACUUUGAGAAGCAGCGCUGGCCGCCUGUCUGGUUCCUGAAGGAGGAGGACCGCUACAAUCGCUCCAAGAAGGAACGUGAGCGUGAGGAGGAGAUCCUGCGCAAGCAGCACACCAAGCGGGGCUGGUGCUUCUGGAGACACCCGUCCUCCUCGGCGCCCCACAUCUCCUGAGGUGGCGUCUCUGUCAGACAGCCCCCGCCCCGAAACCCCCUUUCCCCUUCUCGGCUGUCUGUGUCCAGUCCUGUAUGCUAACGUCCUGGCUGCUGGAAGUUAGUCUGAGGUCACUUUGCCUCAGAGCUUCUACCUUCCCUCCUUAAGCCAGUCUUUUUAAGCAGGGCUGAGGCAAACACGAGGCUGUGGCCCUCUCGCAAGAGCCCACAGCGUGUCUGUCGAAGGGGAGAUGGUUGAGAAAGCAGCGAGAAAGUGUUGAGAAAGCGUCAGAUCUUUCUCGCUGUUCGUGUUUCAUGUUUCACUGUGCUAAUCCAGCGAGGGGAAUGUCUUCAUGGUCCCCGCCAUGUAGGGAAUGUCUUCACGGCAAUGAUCUGCCUUCACCUUCUGAGACUGUUAUUGUUCAACAAAUACCAACAAAUUCUCACACACAUUCUCUCACACACUUACAAAUUUACACAUAAACACACAUACAAACACUCACACACACAUACAUACAUACACACAGAUAGACAUAUAUAUAUAUAUACAUAGAGCCAGCACCAAGUCUAGGCGCUGGCGCCCGAGCAUGCAUAGAGCAUGGUGCUGUUGCAAUGAGCCUCUUCUUUGGAACCCCUGAGGGUUUCUGAGGGUGAUGUCCAAUGCAAACGAGAGCUGCAAAAUACCUUACAACGCUUUGAAUGCACCUAACAACUAAAACAGCGUCAGGGAUCUAUCUGGUCACUCCUAAAACCAGAAAAGGUAAAUCCUGUUGAACUGUGGUUCGUGCUUUGUUGACUCACUAAUGAACCACCUUUGCCUAUAUAUAUAUAUAUAUAUAUAUAUAUAUAUAUAUAUAUAUAUAUAUAUAUAUAUAUAUAUAUAUAUAUAUAUAUAUAUAUAUCCUUAAAUCAGUUUUGUAUCUUCCGUAGCCUCGUUUCGGCUCUUUAAGCCAAUUGUUUUUUGUUCUCCGUUGAGGCACUAUGCGGGGCAACUCCACUCAAGAAUCCCUGUUGCUAGGACUUGUUAAUGAAGUUAAUGAAGUAGGCCAGGGCCCGGCAGAAACACAACACUAAAUAAACAAGUGGUGCAUAGCUCGGGUCAUUCACCCAAGAAGGCUCUGACAAAGCACCAAAGAGAGCAAACUCGGGCUGAUGAUGAUGAUGAUGCCUCACCAAAAUACACUGAAGCUUAGAAAAAGAUACAAAAAUGUAAACCUUCACAGCAAGUGAGGUUUGAAUUUAGGGCUUAUUUUGUACCACUGCCUUUGGGAGUAUUAACAGUCUCAAAUGAAAAGUUAGAGUUUUGAGUUUUUGAACACAUUUUGACCACUAGCAAGUUUUUUUUGUUGUUGUUCUUUCAGUUUACUUGCCUUUACAUCUCCAAGCCACUAGAGGCACUAGUUUUCCUAAUGCUUCCUAAUAUUUACUUUCUUCUGUGGAGCAUAUUUUUGGAAUAGCAACUUUUUCAUGUGAAAGUUUUUUCUUCUUUUUUUCUUUCUUGAUUUUAAAUGGAUUUUUUUGCACCAAUUUUUCAAAAUGUCAACAUAAUUUAAAUGUUUAUAUUUGUAACAAAGGCAAUCAGAGUGGUUUGGUGUAAAAGGUUGCAUUAUAGACACUGACUUGGAUUUUCAUUACAGUGUUGGGGAGAUACUGAGAGAUAGAAUAAGGGAUGCAGUGUCUAAUAUAGGUUUUUGCACUAACAUGCCAAAGGUUUUAUGGGACAAGAACUUGUUAUCUCCCACAAGAGCUGAAGAAUGCUUCUUUGAUCUGUGAGAUUUGCAUUGAAUUUGGAUGUGAUUUUUACUAGAGUAUCUUUUCUGUUGCGCAAUUAUUACCACCCAUUGUGCUGCACGGUUCUUUGCCCUAUAGAUGGAAAUGACUUCUGGACUGUAUUUCCAUGUAUACACGUGAUUCUGUGAAUAGAGGAAUAUUGAAUGUCCACACAUAUUUGGAAUUUAAAUGUUCCAUCCAUCUGGCACUCACUAUCAGGCCUCGCUCAAAUUUUUUAUGAUCAGUUUUCAUUUUGCUGUCCCAUGACUUUUGGCAUGUUGGUGUAUUUACUGUUUAAAACCAGCUAGUGUUUAUACCUAAACUUUUUUGAGUUUCAUACUGCCACUAUCACACACACAAAAAAAAACUUAUAAGACCAUUUUUGCAAUUUACCCUUUUUGACAUAAUGGAAUUUCAAACAUGCAUGAUGAUUGGAGCAGUAGAAAGCUUCAGUUAAACCCACACUUCAGAUCUUCACUCCUAAUGAGGUAAACUACAUUACUGUCACUUAUUUAACUGAAGUUUUAUAGGCCCCAAAAUAGAGCCUUGUGGGACUCCACAAGAUAUACUAAAUCAAUCAGUUAAGAAAGUUUUCCUUCUCCUGUAAAGAUUUCAUUUUGAAGAUACAACAUAUUUUACAAUAUAUCAUCCUGAUAAUAGCAAAAUACUUUUUUCUUAAAAUUAUUAUGCAUGUACCACUCCACUUUGAACUUUUUAAAAGGUGCAUUUGAAGCCAAAACUAUUUUUUCCACUAUAAACAAUUCUCAUUCUCUAUAGUGCAACAUUUCACACCAAACCACUUUCAAUCCCUCUGUUUACAUCUUAACCAUUGAAUUGAAACUGUAAAUAUUUUGGACUGUUGAAAAAAAAGAAUAGAAUCCCUUUUUUGCUUUUUUUAUUUAAUUUAUAUUCUAAUAUCUGCCUAAUAACCAAAACUUAAGCUGUGAUACUUCUUGCCCUGCCCCUUUUCUUUGCUUAGAACAAAUUAGCUAACCUCCUUUCUUCUACCUCUGUGGAUAGACAGAAAAGGCAAGCGGAUAGAGGGAGAGAUUUUGAGUAGUUUGCUGUUUUUUAUUAGAUACUGGUAUUUGUUUUUCACACAGCUGGAGCCUCACUUUCCACGUCAUGCAGAGAAAUAAAAAACGGUGCUCAGGAUUUCUAACCACCACAGUGACAGUAUUCAAAUAAAUACAAAGCAGUUACAGCUCCUCUUUGCUUAGUUACUUAUAUAUAGUCUUAUAUUACUUUUUUUUAUUUGUUGUUCUUUCCCAGUGUGACAAUCCUAAACGAACAAACUAUUCUAUUCCUGACAGAUCAGGGAAACCAAGGUGUUGGCAAAGGAAAUGUUUCCUUUGGUUUUUUCAAAAUUUUCUUUGAGAUGCUUUACAGACUUUUCUUGAAUGCCGUUAACGAAUUAAAAAUGUUAAGGCUUGUAGCAAAUCAGAAGGUUGGGGAUUUGUUGUGGUGGUUGCUGAGCUGUUCUGCUAAUGUGGUAUUAUAUACUGUAACAUAGAUAACUGUACAUGUACCUCUUCACUCUGUUGCCCCAUUGGCAAGUGCUUUGUUGUGCCCUUAGUAUUUCUUCAAACACAUUUCUACCGUUUAGUUUUUAUCUUUCUGGUAUAAGCAGAGAUGAUUCUGCGUUCCAUUUAAGCUCCGGAUGUCGGAAUUUCUUAUUUUUAAGUGGGAAAUUUAACUGGAACCCUCCAACAGAUUAGAUUUCCUACUGUUCAGAAGAUUAGAAUCCAAGAUAGAUGUACUGCACAUCAAUAAUAGUAAAAGCAGCAGUAGUAUUAUACCGUUUUUAUUAUCAAUUCUAUCUACAGUAUUUAUAUUUGUUUCAUUAAAUCAGUUAUACACACAGUACUGACCAACUUAUAUGUACAACAUGUUUUUAAUGGUGUUUGGAUCUGCAAAAUUUUGCAUAAUGCGUUGAAUAAUGAUGCCAACCUAGAGCAGUGCUAAUAAUAAUGAUACAUUAUUAGCUAUAAGUAUCAAAUUGUGUAACUGGAACACAGUCAUUCCCAGCUCAGACAUCCGACAUCCGAGAUAAAUGGAAUUGGCAGAGCUAAUAUCCCAAAAGUGGCGUGUUUUUGAAUUGCCUUUCUAAUCACAAGAAUGAGUGCCUGAGACAGAUUGUUGUUUUCAUUUUGCUUCUCAGAUUUUUGGGGUAUUUUGAGUAUAGCAUGUUUUUUUUGAGUUUCUUCCUUUGCUUGGGACGUGUUGAGAAGGGUGCUACAUUCCUAAUGAGGCAUUGCGAGUCUGUAGGUAGCGUUUCACAAGUGUGCUAUUUCUGGGAAUAAUUUUAGAAGUGAAUGUGAAUGCAGCAAAAUGUGAGGUAAAAACUUUUUUUUUCCUCUCCUUUUUUAUGGCACUUUCCUCUAUUUCUGGCUUCCUGAUUUUUUCUUUUCACCCCCUCAAGGCUGAACCCAGGUGUCUGUGUUGUAGCUAGCUCGAGAUGUAGGCUCGUGGAAAGGCUUUCUCCUCUCUGGGGAAGCGUUGGAAUCAUCAACAGCUACUGAAAUAGAUGCGUGAGAGAAUCUCACUGGGCCCAGGUGCGAAUGAGGCUGAUCUUUGGAAGGAAAGACAAGGGCAAGAAAAGAAGACGCUCCAGCCUGGUGCUGAAAAGGCGAGGCUUUGAUUUAGACUAAGAGAUUGGCAUUUUAUGGAAAGACAGAUAGAUGUCCUUGAGGAUGUUCUUGGUUAUAACCAUUUAUAAAAACCCUUAUAACAGCUUUGAUACAUUUUGAGUCUUUGGUGACGAGAGGCUAGAGAUCUUGUGGAGGUGAUCUGAAGUGUUAAUGCUAUAAACUUUGACCAGAUGGUGUUAGAUACUGUAAAUGCAUGUGUGACAGUGCAGUUUAGAAGCUUCUAGCGUUCUGGAAUUAGCAUUAGCAUGAGCAGUAACAUAUACUGCAACAUUUUAGAAGAACCCUGGUGAGUGAAAACAUGUAAUCAUUGUUAUGUAAUCAAUGCAAGCUAACUAUCUAAUGUUUCUCAAUAUGAGAUUGUUAUAGGAACAUUUUAUAAUCGUUCAGUUUAUUUAAAUGUCAUUUUAACAUUUUAUCAGAAAAGAGAUUAAUAGCAACACUAUUAUUAUUGGAUUCCAGAUUAUUUUGUAUACUUGUCAGAUUUGUGCUUAAAUACAGCUUUCUGAUUGGUUUUAAAGAUGAUGCAUUCCCUGCAUAGAAAUAAUGAGGCACUAAAGUUUUAAACAAAACCAUUUUUAACCCCCAACCAACCACAUGGAGCACCACAGAAACCACUUGUGGUUGGGAAUCACUAAACGAGUAACCACUGAGCAGCUCAACUGGAAGCACUUAGCAGCACCAUAGCAACCACUACACAACUUUAUAGCAGCCACCUGGGACACCAAUAUGUAGCACUGGUUUAGCACCGGCCAACUACCUACAGGUCCUUUAAAACUAAAAGAAAAAUGUCUAGAAAGUGUUUUUAGAAGGUAUAGUGUAUUUUUAGAACAAUCUCAAAAUGAGUAACAUUAGAUAUAUAGACUGGAUUAAAAUGAUUCCACUCACCAAAACUGUACUUUAGAGGUUUUUAAAGUGUUAUGCAGUGUAGCAUAGACCUUCUAGGCUAAUUUGCUGUCUAAAUAUCAGGCUGGAACAGAAUAAAAAGUGUUUGCCUCUGGGACAGUGAUAGAAUGAUGUGUUGCCUGCCUGGGCCAUACAGGACUUUGAUAUUUUAUGUAUUUAUAUUUCUCCUAAUACUUCCUCUUCUCAUUCUCUAAGUAUGUUUUUGCACAUGUUCUCUCUGAUUGAGUCUGCCUCAGUGUGCAUGGCAUCGACUGUUCAGAUUUUUUCCUUUUUGAAUAAGAGGGUACAUUUUGUAGCAUGGUAUGAAUUUUCUUCCAGAAAAGAACAGAAGACUUCUGUUUUUUCUUCUUUUAAGCUCUGUUCUUUUAAGCAGUCCGUGCUUAGUGUCUGUGGUCCGAUGAAUUGAGGUCGGAGAUGUUUGUAUAGUAACCACAUGCUUUAACGUUAUGCCUUUUGCGCUGAUUUUUCGGGUUGUGGGGGUGUAUGUUUCGAGGGUGGGGUGGGGACGUAUUAGCGGGGAUGUAUGGGUGGGAAUGGUGGGGUUGUUGUACAGUAUAUCUGUGGUGCAGGGAAGGGUUUUUGGACUGUUCUAUGAGUCAUGUUUUUUGUCGUUACCACUUAACGGUAAAGGCGUACAAUUUGAAACUUGUCUUUGGAGACCUCUUCGAAUAGCACUAACAGCACUAAUGAUUGAAAAGCCCUUGUUAACAGUGUAUUGACGAACUAAACAAACUAAACAAACUAUGCACUUUAGCCCAAAAAGAAAAUGAACUUGUUUUUUGCUAAUUCAGAACCGAUUGCCUUGAAUCUUUACAUUGUAAUGUUGUGAAAGAUGCACGUUUACGAAGGAAAUGUGCAUGAGGAAUGGUCCACAGAUCUAUGGUUGCAUGCAUUGGACGGUAAAGCUUGCAUUUAAGAAUAAUCAGGUAUGCACUUUGUCAUUAAGUAAUUGUUUAGCUAUUAUGAGCCCAUAUAAAAAUAGGUCAGAUGAGUGCUUUGUUUGAAAGGGAGGAGACCUGGGGAUACAAAAAUCACAGCAAACUAAAGCUAUGGUCAGACUGCCAGCCUGAAUCUGAUUUUUUGGCAUAUUUCUUUUGCUUCUAGAUUGUUUUUUAAUAGUCUGGUCAGCCAGAAACAACAUUUAAUAUGAUUGACACAUUUUAGUUUCAUUCAUAUUGGUUCUUAAUAAUCUGGACAGCCAGAAACCACAAGAAAUUCACAAUUUUUACAAAGCUGUUCGAAGUUACAUUUGGAAGUGGUUAUAAAUUGCAAUAACAAUUAGACUUAAGUUGAAUUGCUUUGAUUCUUUUGCAUCACUCGCAACAAACUUCCAGAGUUUAUUACCAAAGCAAACAAUGCACAAAGGUUUGUGAUGUCCUAACGGGCAAUAAGAUUUAAUGACUUGCAGUGAAUUAACAAUGCAUACAGUCAUCUAACCAGGUUGGAUUUGCAGUCUGAACAUAGCUGAAAAUUUGAGUUGAACGAAAUGCUGACACUAUGACCCGAGGAUGGUGAGUUCGAAUCCUGGUUCAUGUUGCUUUUGGCAUCAGCAGCCGGAGCCCGAGAGAGAGAGAGCACUAUUGGUCAUGCUCUUUCUGUUAAGGUAGAUGGCGUUUUCUCUCCCCUCUCAUCACUCUUGUUGUUGUGAUGCUGUGGACAAGCACAUAUACUAUACCUAUAUCACCUCGUCCCCUCUUUUUUUAAGCUACUGUCAAAAGGCUCGGAAGUUUCCCAGCUCUGACAGACUACAUUACAGGCUAAUUUGGCAGCAGUACAAAAAGAGGCAACAGAGGCAGUAGAGGCAUGUGCUUGUCCUCAUCCUCCUGAGAUUAUUGGUUAAUAUCAUUUAAAAUGGGGAGAAAUUGAGUCGACAUCCAAAAAAAGAAAGGGUGAAAAAGACGGAAACCCUAAUGACCAAUUAUACAUAAGACCACUAUUUUUCUUUGUCUGGUUCAUUCUGUUUUUGGUGACAUAGUUUUUCAUUUUUUUCCUCCAUAUUGUUCCCCAGAAACUGCAAUAGUUAUCGCUCCAUAGGGCUCCAUAGUAGUUCAUCAGCUAAAGUACAGUAGAAGUAUCUGAAGAGCGGUUCUAUCCUGGCAUUACCUGUGCCUUCGUUUUUUCAAAGAGAAAAAAAAAAUGACCUGUUGCCUUUCUCAAGAGGGGCCUCUUACAAAAUGCCUUUUAGGUUUUGGAUAAUUGUAAAGCAGACACACUUUUACACACACAUAAACACAUAUAUACACACACAAACACAAUCGUACACUUAAACCAGGCAGCUGACCACCACCGUAUUCCUCCUUCUACUGUCAGUGCCUGUGGACGCUAUGUAGCAAAGCCCACUGUUCUCUGUCUCUCUCUCUGUCUUUAUGCUGCGUUCUUGUCUCUUCCUCUGUCUUUCUCUUUCUUUCUCUCUAUUUGUUUCUAACUGAACGGUUCUACGCUCCUGUGGCUGAGUUUUGCUGAGGUGAGUGGAAACCAUGCUUAGGGGGAGAGCUGUGAUCAUGCUGGUUUGAACUGUGGGAGAGUUUAGUGGCUCUUUACUGGGACACUAACCCAGCCUACAGUGUUCACUAUCUGUACCAAGGGUGCUAACGCCCUCUACAGGCCAGCCAGAGCAGCCAGCGAAUCAGCAAAUCUAGCAGAAUUUGUUUUUUGCUGUUAAUGCAACAGUUUUUAUUUUUGGAAUUAUUGGAAUUUAAAUAUUUUUCAUUUCUCUGUUAAAUUCCAAUUAUUGUAAAACAUGAACAGCUUAAACUUUAAAGCAUGAUUUCCACAGUUUUCAGCACAAAAAACUUCUUCUAAUCCCCCACCAAAGCUUUCUUCCAAAUAUGAAAAAAAAAAAUCUCUGAUAAAACCACUCGUUUUCCAUCCAGUGAACUCCUGAGACAGAGCCAGCAUCCAUGACGUCUCUUACAAAUGAGGAUGAUCUACUUUAUGCAAAAUAACAUGGGGUCAGUAUUAGCAUUUAUAAAUAACAGACAUGCUUUGGUUACUCCUCAGCCUUAUUUUUUGCUCAUAAACUGACAUAACGUACAGCACGUCACAGUACCAAGGUCCUCUGUCAGGCCCCAGACCAGUUCCAAACUGGCCUAAAAAAAAAGCCUGCGUGGUUUGUCACCCUUCCCCUGUAUCUGUUAACAUGUGACCAUUUAUUAUACCUUUAUGCACUUUGUGUUAAUCUUCUUGAUCUUCUUUUUUUAACCUUUUAUUGUAUUUCAUUUUGUUGAGAAUUACCAUUAAUGUUCUGAAACAAAAAAAAGAGCACAUGUGACACAUUAAGGGCUUUUUUUAAAUUAAAAAAAUAAUAAAAACGAGACAACAAUCAGAAUGUUUUUGCUGCUGUUGCAAAAAAAAAGUUUUAAUGAAUCCUUUGUAAUACUUUUUGAACCACUGUGAUUUGUACAAAACGGAACAAAAAAAAGUAGUAAAAAACAUUGCCGUUUCAGUAUUCUAAUGUUUGACUUGGCUUUUAAUAAAAAUUUAAGUGAAUUCUUUGACCAAA